GGCGGUCAGUACUAAAUUUCUACAAUAAUUCCUCGACUUUGGUACGAAAAUACUCCGUUACCGUCAUUACCAUCGUCGUCAUCGGACUCUACUAAUCGCUGUACACCGAUCAGCACCACUAAUUCAUCUAUUCGUUUCCUCCCAAAAUCCACAAUCGGAAGAAACUUCCCACUUCGUCAGGUAGCUUGAAAGCUUCUGUGAGCUACUGAUGGCGAAUGGAAUGACAUCAGCUUUAAUAUUAUCUUCAGGAUCCAUGGAACAACAUCAACCACAUAUGUUAAUGAAAAACACAAACACAUUAGAUGGUCCAAUUGCUAUACUCUGGGACAUGGAAAACUGUCCUGUUCCCAAUGACAUACGUCCAGAAGAUGUUGCAGGUAAUAUUAGAAUGGCCUUACGUGUCCACCCCAUAAUCAAAGGAGCUGUUAAUAUGUUCUCUGCAUAUGGAGACUUUAAUGGCUUCCCUAGAAGAUUAAGAGAAGGGUGUCAAAGAACUGGAGUGAAGCUCAUAGAUGUACCAAAUGGAAGAAAAGACGCUGCUGAUAAAGCAAUAUUAGUUGACAUGUUUCUCUUUGCUCUUGAUAAUCCUCCACCCUCUUCCAUCAUGCUGAUUUCAGGUGAUGUUGACUUUUCUCCUGCACUUCAUGUACUUGGUCAACGUGGAUACACUAUGAUUCUUGUGAUUCCAUCUAGGGUUGGUGUUUCUGUUUCUUCUGCUUUGAGUAAUGCUGGUAGUUAUGUCUGGGAUUGGCAUGCUCUUGUUCGUGGAGAAGGCUUUGUGACACCUUCAAGAUCUCAUGUUAAAAACAUAGAUGAACCUAAAAACGAAGAAGAAGCAAUUGUAUAUAAAGGGAUUUCACUUCCUGAAUGCAACAAUUUAUCAAAAUCAUAUAGCCUUCCAUCUGCAUCGAAUUCGAAUAAUGUGAUGUGGGUCCAGCCUGGAGAUUUGAUUGGGUUGAAAGGUCAACUAAUGAAGCUUCUAGAACAUUCCGGUGGAAGUUUACCUCUUGCACGUCUUCCUGCUGAAUACCAAAAAAGUUUCGGAAGACCCCUUUAUGUUUCAGAGUAUGGAAGUGGGAAACUCGUGAAUCUUUUGAAAAAGAUGAGUGAUGUGAUUUGUGUUGAAGGAGAUGGACAAAAGAAGGUUGUGUUACUCAAGAAAUGUUCAAUAGUGGGCACCAUAAAGGAUGAUAAGAAAGGAAAGCAAGGUGUUGGAUCUUCAGAUGAUGAUGAGUUUGAUGAUGAUGAAAGAGUGGUUGUUGAAGAACAGAGUAUUGCAAUUCUGAAUGAGUUUAGGUAUGAGUUGCAGGAGAUACUCGUGAGUUAUUCUUGUAAGAUUUUGUUAAGUUGUUUUGAGGAAAUAUAUCAGCAAAGAUACAAAAAAGCACUGGAUUGUAAAAGAUAUGGUGUGAAUAAGCUUGAGGAACUGUUUGAAAAGGUGAAUGAGGUUGUAGCAUUGCAUGAGGAACCAGUAAGCAAACAGAAGUUCCUGGUGGCUGCUGGUGGCCUCUAGUUAUAUUUUAUAAGAGCCAAAUGAUUACUAGUUAUUUAAUGUGUUUGAAGAAAACUUGCCACAUGGUUCGUUUUAGUAUAUACCUUGUGGCAAUUGAAAUCAAAGUCAUGUUGGCUAACAUGAGAAGCUAUACGAUUUUGUUACAACUUUGUAACAUAUUAAUGACGUAGAUAAAGAAGUUGUAAUUUUGGGUCA